GUAUAAACUCGGUGGAGUAGGAGAGUGUUAGGUACGUAACUAAUACCUAACAAAUACCUAACAAAUACCUCCUAUGGUAAACAAACGGGGCCCUUCGGCAGUCGGAAGCAAGCAGCCAGGGCAGUUGAUUAAUAAAGACUCCGAGCCGGGUGGAUCUCAUCAUGCCGCUGUCAAAUGACGAAGUUCGGAAUAGAAUAAUGAUGAUGACAAAACAAAUGGUCUAAACUAAGGGUCAAAUGCCGUAACAGAGCCUUCUUCACCGUCACUUGUAGCUAACAAUGUCUAAGCUUAAUAUUCACACUAAUUGUCCAAGCCCGGUCCUAAUCCAAACUUUAAUUUCUUAUAAAAUGCAGGUACUCUGCUCAAGCGGUAGUUGGUAGACAAAGUCUUCUCCUUUAUUUUUUCUUACCAUCAAUCCCAAAGUAGUCCCAGGUACACCAUCCCCAAAAAUAGAAAUAGAAAAAACAGGGCCUAAAUUAGCCAUUUCCACUCUUUUUCGCUUCGGGUCUCGACCAUUAAGGACCUCACAAGAAGCUCAUCAAAAAAGGGAAAGAGAGAAAAAAAAAAGUUGUUAGACUAGACUUGUCGCAAAAAAAAAAAAGAUUUUAUUUCUUUGGGAAGUGUUACUUGGAGAAAGAAACAAUUGGCUGGAUAGCGACGAUAUUGACGAAUCAUUUAUAUAUCCCACUCAGCACAAAACGCACAAAAACGCAACAAUGACGGUUCCUAUCGAUCACAUCAUCGAGACCCCUCCGCGGGCACCGUCCCCUGUCCACGGCUUCGGAACCCUUGCUGUCCAUGCCGGUGCCCCCCACGAUCCUACAACCGGCGCCGUCAUCGAGCCCAUCUCUCUAUCCACUACUUUCGCGCAGACUGCUGCCGGAAAGCCUGUCGGCUUAUACGAGUACUCGCGCAGCUCCAAUCCCAAUCGCGAUAACUUCGAGCAAGCCGUGGCCGCGUUGGAGCAUGCCAAAUACGCGCUCGCCUUCAGUAGCGGAAGCGCUGCCACUGCUACCAUUCUCCAGAGCUUGGCUCAGGGUUCCCACGUCAUCAGCGUUAGCGAUGUCUACGGCGGUACUCACCGGUAUUUCACCCGAGUCGCUAAGGCCCAUGGUGUUACUGUUACCUUCACUCCGCAGAUCGAGGUUGAUAUUGCAGAGCACAUCCGCGACAACACCAAAUUAGUAUGGAUUGAGUCGCCUAGCAAUCCUACAUUGCGCCUUGUAGAUAUUAGGGCCGUCGUCAACGCAGCUCACUCGCGGGGUGUCGCGGUUGUCGUUGACAAUACCUUCCUUAGCCCCUACGUCCAGAAUCCCCUCGACCAUGGCGCCGAUAUCGUCGUCCACAGUGUUACUAAGUACAUCAAUGGACACAGCGAUGUUGUUAUGGGACUGGCUGCUUUCAACUCGGAUGAAUUACGUGAACGUAUAUCCUUCCUACAGAAUGCCGGCGGCGCUGUACCGUCGGCCUUCGACUCCUGGCUUGCCCAUCGAGGAGUCAAGACACUGCAUUUGCGAGUGAGGCAGUCCAGUGGCAAUGCCACGACUGUUGCGAGAGCCCUCGAGGCUAGCCCCCACGUCAUUUCUGUAAAUUACCCUGGUCUAGACUCUCACCCGCACAGACAUAUUGCUCUGAAACAGCACCGAGAGGGUAUGGGCGGCGGUAUGCUUUCGUUCCGUAUCAAGGGAGGCCGAGCCGCAGCUGAACGGUUCUGCCAGCUGACCAAGAUCUUCACGCUGGCUGAGAGCUUAGGUGGCAUCGAGAGUCUAGUCGAACUGCCGAGCGCAAUGACGCACGCCGGCAUCCCCCGAGAACAGCGAGAGGCCGUGGGCGUUUUCGACGACCUCGUGCGUGUGAGCUGCGGUAUAGAGGAGCCGGAAGAUCUGCUUCGUGAUGUGCAGCAGGCGUUGGAGAAGGCGGUGUCCGAGACAGCUGCUUCGAGCAAUGGGAUUAAUGGCGUUAACGGACACGAAUCAAAUUAGACGCUGGCUAGAGAGCGGUAGAUGAUUAUCCAACCCGCCAUCGUCGAAAUGACGAAGCGAUAUAUCGAAACCGAUGUUAUUAUCUGUUUGGCGUUAUGCUCGUAUCUGGUCGGUAGCAUAUGGUGUGUUCCAGGCCCAUAGGGGAGUCGACAGCACAACCAAUAGACAACUGCAUUUUAUAGUGGGAUCAACAACGUGUCAGCACCUCGGUGUGCAAAAUAGAUCGUUUUGAGUUUUUAUGGACAACUGGCUAGAAUAGCGCAG